AAAUCGCUGAAAGACCGUUUGAAGAAAUUCGUCAUAUUUGGUUGAAGACCUUUUCCUAGUGAACAAGCAUCGGACGGAAGUUGUUAUUCAAACAUUGACUCCUUUCGUUAAAAACAACCCGACCGAAAGUGCGCGCUCAUUUAAGGCAGUUUAGUACUUAGCUAAAUUGUGCUUUAGCCAAACUAUGAAUGACUCCUCAACUCCUUCAGUUACUUGGUCUUCUGUUGGGAAAGCCAUUCCAAUGAUAUUUAUUUCGUUGGUGGCUUUAGGUGGCAACUCUAUUGUUGUCAUCUCUGUUGCGACAAAAAAAGUCAUUCGGCGUGUGCCAGCCAAUAUAUUUGUCUUGAAUUUAGCCGUGACGGACAUUUCAGCAAGUCUUAUCUGCAUACCUCUUUCCUACAUCACCGUGCUCUGUAAUAACAAUUGGAUUUUUGGGGAAGCUAUCUGCCAAGUGGAGGCUUUUGUCAUAGUUCUGCUCUCCAACGUAACUUUGUUGACUUUGUUUAGCUUCAGCUGGUACAGAUAUAAAACCAUCACUUCUUACUAUAAAUACUCCACGCUUGAAUUAUGGAGAUUGGUAAAAUGUAUGGUGGGCGCCAUAUGGGGUGUAAGUAUCUUUUUCACCCUUCCCCCUGUGUUUGGGUGGGGCGAGUUUUAUUUCAGCUCCAGUAUUUCCACGUGCUCGCUGAACUGGUCAAAACAUAUGUCUUACAGUAUAUUAAUACUUGUGUCGCUAUUUUGUAUACCUUCGUGCCUCAUGACAGUGUUUUAUUACAAGAUUAUGAAGUUUGUUCGUAAGCAUAACAAGAAUUUUCGCUCCAGUAAAGCGUGGUGUGGUGCUACCGAUAGUCAGUUGAGCUGCUCCAACCUUGAUCAAGUUGGCAAAGUGCCUGAGGUAAUAAUCAACUUUCCUGAUUCUAGCAUUCAGAGUGGUGCAAGCACACUGAUCGCCGAAACAGGAACAAUCUAUAACUUUAAGUUGCAUAUGCGAGCAGUAGGCACAACGCCUUCAACAUCUUCAGGACUGGCUCCAGUGGAAACGUUUAGCGUUAAAGACGCAACAGUCAUAGAGGACAACAACAGCCAAACAUCUCGGGUCAUUUCUCCAACUCCGUCAGAACAAUCAGGUAUCGUGCGGCUCGGCAAAACGCAGAAACGAUUUAAUCAACAAGAAAAGCUAGUUAAAGUAUUGUUGGUGACUAUUCUGGCAUUCAAAGUUUGUUGGUUUCCUUUCGCUGUGUAUAGCAUCCUCGAAACUCUAGACCUGCAUGCGAGUGAUUCUUCAUCGUUUCCUCUGGUGGCAGCAUGGCUGGCAUUUUCAAACACAAUCUGCAAUCCUAUCAUAUAUGCAUUCUUGAAUAAGCAGUUCAAAAUGGCAUUUAAAGAUGUACUCCGAGUACUAUGCCGAGGUAAAAUACGCAAAAAUACAGUAGAGCCCCACUCAGUGGUCCGGCCUUAGGAAAUAUUGCCGCACUGAUCUAUUGACCAGAAGUGGAUGUGUGAAGUUCUUUGAAAUUGACUGUUAUCAAGGACCAUAAGAGACCAAACAUAAGCAAGUUACUUAUGCAAAAAGUGGGCUAUUUACACACCUGUAUGUCCCACCUUCCAUCUUACUUUAAGGCGGGUGUUCACCAAUAUUUCAACAUUUUAUUUUUUUCCGCACUUCUCUCCGGUUUUAAGUCAGAGUUUUUGCAAAUAUGUUAGGUGUACACACAUACAAUCUCAUAAAAUCUCGGCCAAAUGGAAAUGAGGAAAACAACUACAGAAACGAGAUGACAGCAAAACUUGAAUGAUUUUAGAACUUCAUUGCUUGAGAGAGAAUACCUAGAGUGCUCUCAAGUCAAAGGAACCUUAGCCAUAUAAUGUUUUAACCAAGAUCCCAAGAUCUCAUUAGUCAGUCCUCUUUACUGUCUACCAUACAAUUUUUAUGCUGUUAGGUUUGAGAAUUUGGUAUUGGAUCAACUAAUAAUCCCCUAAUUGAUAUGUAUCUUUAUUCUCAUCACUUGUCUGCUUGAUAUUGUGUUGAUAUUGUAAGGAGAAAUUCUGUCUUGGUCACUCAUGGGAGUUAAAGGGUUAAAGGGUUAAAAGCAUUCCAAAAUUAGUAGUU